AUGACUCGGACACUACUUGCUAAGGAGGGUAACCUAGCCGCGCUGGUAAGAACUCCAGAGUAUCGGCGGUCUAAUGGGCUACCGACUUGGGUACCAGAUUGGUGCGCAGAGGUGGAUGAGGAUCGUAUUGAUCAAGAGCUCGCAUGGCUCAAAUACUAUUACAGGUACAGCACGGCCCUUGGCACGCGCGUGCGGACCAGACCUUCGGGUUCGGACUCACUACUAGACUUGCAAGGUGUCAUUGUAGACCGUGUCUCUGAGAUUGGCGCGCUCUGCGACGAUAGAAGAUACUAUACUCGCGCUUCCUCUCAGUGGCGUGACACUGUUGGCCGGAUAGGUCAGCUUCACGAACAAUGCUACCCUGGCGGCGGAACAUACGAUGAUGUGUUUUGGCGGCUGGUUUUGGCAGACAGUAUUCUUGUCCCGAAGCCUAACGGGUUUGUGGACUUUCGUAGGUGCCGCCCAGGUGACAAGGAAGUCUACAACGGGCUGGUGAGCAAGGGCGGUUCCACAAACCAGGAAGACUACCUCUCCGGUAGGAUGCUCUUUGUCACGGAGAAGGGCUACAUAGGUCUAGGAGGACCAGAAGUGACCGUCGGGGAUGUAGUAGCUGUUUUUUAUGGAGGAAAUAUGCCCUUCGUACUGCGACCGCUUAUAGCUCAAAAAGGUCGCUCAAUGCAGUACGAAUAUGUUGGACAAUCGUAUAUCCACGGCAUCAUGGACGGGGAAAUGUUGAGAGGCGACGAUGAUUUCCAGUGGAUCACUCUAUGUUGA